UUGCUGACAUCUAGUGGCGAAACUCUGAACUGCUCCACUCUGUUAAUUAAACGCUAAUUGUGCCAGGUGUUGAGGGACUGUAUUUGCUUUUCGUGUCGUUGUUGUUGUCUUUGUACUAUUACGCUUCUCCUUGCAUUUUUAAUAACACAUUUGUGAGCAUGUGUAAAAAGUAUUUAUUUAUUUUAAUACUCUCUCUUAAUUGGACCAAAGCUGACCCUGAUGCUGAAGAGAAUCCUAAUGUGAACGCUUCAGCUGAGACAAACUGCAUCUUUGGCAAUGGAUGUUAUGCCCAGGCUGGCGUACGUGCGUUUAUCCCAGAGAAGGAUGAGGAAGAGGAGAGCCGGAUUAUAGGUGGGCAGGAGGCAUGGGCACAUUCAUGGCCAUGGCAGGUUUCCCUGCAGUACUCCGAUAUGCCAGCCUGCGGGGGUGCCAUCAUCGACCUGCGGUGGGUUAUUACCGCCAGCCACUGCUUCAAACGUUAUAAAAAGGCGUCACUGUGGAACGCUGUGGUUGGAAUGCACGAUUUGGAGAAUAUGAAUGAAUCCUUCCAUCAAACUGUAGAGGUGGAAAAAAUCAUCUCCCAUAAGGACUACAACCAAAAGACAAACGAGAAUGAUAUUGCCUUGGUGAAACUGCAGAAUCCCCUGCUGUUUAAUGAGAACGUGAGGCCUGUUGCCAUCUUAAACAGUGAUUUGCCCCCUCAGGAAACCUGUACUGUCACCGGCUGGGGUGCCAUCAGAGAGAAUGGGCCUCGUGCCUCCAGACUUCAAGAAGUCAAUGUAACUCUUUUUGAGCCACAAACAUGUAACCAACAUUACAGAGGGAAAAUGCUUAAGAAUAUGAUGUGUGCCGGAGCGGAGGCUGGAGGAAGGGAUGCAUGUCAGGGCGACUCUGGUGGUCCCCUCUCAUGUUUCACAGGUGAGAGGUACAAGCUUGCUGGAGUGGUCAGCUGGGGGGUCGGAUGUGGUCGGGCCCAAAGACCAGGGGUCUACACCACACUAUACCACUACAAACAAUGGAUAGAGUCUUCAAUACAUGGUGAACUCGUUUCUGAAAGCCCUGGAACUGAUUCAACUGCGCAGUGUGGUCAGGCCAAGAUAGAUCCCUGCCAGCUGCCCGCUGGCUUGGCGCAGGUGGUGUCCUCUGAGAACGGCACAUUCAAGGUGGAGAACGUGAGCGAGGCCUGUCCUAACUCCUGGCCAUGGCACGUCAGCCUCCAGAGCCAUGAUACGCAUUACUGUAGCGGCGUCCUCAUUCAUCCGCGCUGGGUUCUGGCACCGCGCCACUGCCUCGCCAAGGCUGGAGAUGCUGUGGUCUUGGGAGCUCAUGAUCAGAACUUCAUGUCGGGUCAGACUGCAGCUGUGGAAAGCGUGCAGAGUUUGGCUUAUGCGCAGCUUCCACCGGUCUCCGAUCUCUCCAUGAUCCGCUUAUCCAUCCCAGCUCGAAUUGGGCCGAUGAUAUUUCCGGUGUGCAUAACGGAUAAAGAUGAUGAAAUGGUUAAUGAAGACACCUCGUCUUGUGUGACAACUGGUUGGGGACCAAGAAAAGCUACCUUGGAUCUGCACCCUGAUAUCUUACAUAUGGCCAGAGUUAAGCCUCUUUCUGAGAAAGCCUGUGAGACGGGCUGGGGUGACGCUUUCAGCAUGAAGUCCCUCCUGUGUACGGAUGCAGCAGCCUCCACCUCCUGCUUGGGGGACUCUGGCGCACCCCUUAUGUGUGAAAAAAAUGGGGUCUACUACCUUGUAGGGCUAACAACAUGGUGUGGCAAGAAAUGUGAACCUCAGAAACCGGCUGUGUUCACUCGAGUGUCGGCCUAUCACUCAUGGAUACAAACUUGUAUCAAAAAUGCCUAAUAUCUAUAAUAAAGCUAUAUUAAAAUAUUCAUUAAACUCUGU